AUGGAAGAAGAACCUCAAGAAGUAGAACUACAUUCUAUGGAUAUUCCACAUGUAGCAGCAGUUGAACUACCGUUACUAGUGAAAAAUGAAGAUAAAGCUAUAAAAGCAUUGGGUGGUAAACAAAAAAUAUCUGACUCAAUCAAAGAUUCAUCAAUACCAUUAGAAUUAAGAUUAAGAAAUGAUCCAUUUCAACAUCCAAUUCAAGCAGCAUAUUCAACAAAUGAAAGAAUAGUUUUAAAAAUUCAAAUCAAGAAAGAUAUAGUCAAAAACAAUCCCAAUAAACUGAUUCAAGAAUUAAUAAAAUUAAGUGAAACUAAACCGAAAGUAAAACCAAUUGCAAUAAUUGAUAAAACUUAUAGAUUUAGAGGAAUGAGUGAUUUUCAAGUUAUAACAAAAAGAAAUAAAAUGAUUCAACAAUUUAAAUCAGGUGUAUUAGAAGCAAAAAAUUAUGAUACAGUUAAAAAUUAUGUUUUAAAUCAUGAAAAUUUUUAUAAUUUAUCAGAUAUGAAUAAUGAAUAUUUUGAAAAUAAAGAUCAUCAGUUACCUCCACCUCCAAUUUUUUCACAUAUUAAUUAUCCAUAUACUUUUAAAUAUCAAAAAAAUCCAUUUACAUCAAUUGUAAAAGAUGAACAAAGUGGAGAUUUAAAAUUAAUUUCAAGAAAAGUUCUUGAAAAAUUACAUACAGUUAUUAUACCAUAUGAAAAAGAAAUUCCAAAAGAGCCACCUCAAAUACUAACUAAAAAAUAUGAAGAAUUAAUUAAAAGUCGUCCAUCUUUUGGAAGUCCUGAUGAUAUGUUAGUGAAAUGUAUAGAAUGGGUAAAACAUAUUUUUGAUAUAAAACCAUUUUGGUUAAGACGUCAAUUAGUUGAUAUAAUUCCAAAAGAUUAUUUAAAACAUUUAAAAAAUGCAUUACCAUUUGUUACAUAUGUUUAUAAAAGUGGACCAUGGAGAUUCUGUAAUAUUAAAAUUGGAAUUGAUCCUAAAAGUGAUCCAAAAUAUUGGAUUUAUCAAACUGAAUAUUUUAGAGUAUUAGGAAGAUCAGAAAUUGAAAAUGAUACUAGUGAUGACAAUAAAAAAAAAAUUAUUCCAAAAACUUUAGAAGAUUCAAAAACUAAAAUUGAAAUAUCUCAAGAUUUAAUAUUUGAUGGAAUAAAUUUACCAACAGCAAUAACUUUUCAAAUUGGUGAUAUUACAGAUAUGGAUAUAACAUCAAUUAUAACAAUUCAUAAACAGAAUAAAGGUUCGGAUUUUUUAAAAAAUGAAUCUGAUUUUCAAAAUGGUUGGAUAAAUAAUCAAACUAUUGAAUUAAUUAGAAAAAUUAUGAGAUAUAAAUUAAAUUGUAUGGUAAAAGAAGAAAGUAUUGAUCAAAAUAAAAUUUAUAAAUUUACAACUUUAAAUUUUAAUAAAGAAGAUAGUCAUGAAAAAGAAAUUGAAGAUGGUCAACAUGAUGAAGACCAAAUUAUUGAUGAUACUUUGAUGAAUGAUGAAGAAGUUGGAGAUGAGGCCGUGGGAGAAGAUGAAGAAGAAGUUGAAGAUGGAGAACUUCAUCAUGAAAUUGAUGAGGAUGACUUAAUGUCAAAACUCCAAAAUUUAAUUUCAGAAAAUAAGGAAUUACAACACUUAGUUGGGUUUGUGAAACAAUAA